AUGAAAUUAAGUUUGUCAGACGAUUUUGAUGGACAAGCAGAGCACAUAACAGACGAUAUCUUAUAUAGAGUAGAUAUAUCCGGAGGCCUAGCAGAAGAAAAACGAUAUAACUACGUGCAAAUCACGUACACUGUUGCUUAUAUCUUCAUGUUAAUCUUCCAUGGCGUAAUUAUAGCAGAAACAUUCUAUGAGCAGAACCGGACGGAUGCCGCUAUAACAUAUAUCAGUGGACUGCCAGUGUUGGGUCUCCACUGCCUGAUGUUUGCAGUCCCCAAAUCAAAACCAGCAAAAAGGCUCAUCGCUAAAUACUUCACCUCCUUAGAACCUAUCAAAGAAGAAGUGGAGAGAACAACAAGAAUUCUAUACUAUAUUUGCUGCAUUUGUGUCAUUGACACCAUAGCGUUCCAUUGCUUCGUGCUAUUUUGCUCAGAACGAAGUAUUUAUAAUGAAAAAGUUAUUAGAGGAACAUUGGGAUAUGCCGCUUACUACGUUUACUGCGCUUGUUUUCUUUUGGGAGCUUAUGCUACUAUUAUACCGCUGAACUACAUGAUGUACAUAAUAUUCCAUUUGACGUACCAAUAUGGCUUCCUCAGAAAAUACCUGAAUGCAAUGGAGAAUAUAGAUUUACAUUUUUCUCUUCUGGACAAGGCUGAUUACCAAAACCAAUAG